UUCCUUCCACCUCAUCCUCCUCCUCCCCUUCCUCUUCCUCCUACUCUUCUUCCUCUUCCUCAACCUCCUCCUCCUUGUUGACCAUGGAUGUUCUGGGCUUGGCUGCUAGACUACAGCUGAUGCUCUUGGCGCUCCUGGGUGUGUGUCUGAGCCUGGAGUUCACCGGGGCCCCCGGCCAGUGGGCCCGCUACCUCCGCUGGGAUGCCAGCACGCGCAGCGACCUCAGCUUCCAGUUCAAGACGGACGUGUCCACGGCGCUGCUACUGUACUUCGACGACGGAGGUUACUGCGACUUCCUGCAGCUGAUGGUGGUGGAGGGCAAGUUGCAGCUGCGCUUCAGCAUCGACUGCGCCGAUAUCGCUGUGGUGUCCGACAAGAGAGUUAAUGAUAGCAGCUGGCACUUUGCCACACUGAGCCGCUACGGCCUGCGGACGGUAUUGGGGCUGGACGGCCAGGUCAAAGCGGACGAGGUGCGGCCCACCGGAGGUAGCCGCCAGCACAUGAAGAUAAUCAGUGACCUGUUCCUGGGCGGCGUUCCGCUGGAUAUCCGCACCUCGGCACUCACGCUGCCCACAGCGUGCGACGCCCCGCCCUUCAGAGGAACCAUCAUGGAUCUGAAGUAUGGGAACAUGGAACCGGUUCUCCUCAGCAGCCUCAGGGUGCGUCUGGAGUCGGACCGGCGCUGUACGGAGAACCCGUGUGAGAAUGGUGGGAGCUGCUCCGUGGUAGAUGGGGAACCCUUGUGUGACUGUUCCAAAACGGAAUACAAGGGCUGUUUCUGCAAUGAAGAGGUCAACGGCAAUAUUCCAGGAUUUUCACAUAUGAUGAUGGCAGAGCAAGGUAGGCCUCUCUCUUCUUUUCUCACCAUCAUUUUGCGGGAGGAGAAUGUGGCCACGUUCCGCGGCUCUGAGUACUUCUGCUACGACUUGUCCCAGAACCCUAUCCAGUCCUCCAGCGACGAGAUCACGCUCUCCUUCAAGACGUGGCAGCGCAAUGGCCUGAUCCUCCACACGGGGAAGUCUGCUGACUACGUCAACCUGGCCCUGAAGGACGGAGCCGUGUCCCUGGUCAUCAACCUGGGCUCCGGGGCCUUCGAGGCCAUCGUGGAGCCUGUCAACGGGAAGUUCAAUGACAAUGCCUGGCACGACGUCAAGGUUACGCGCAACCUCAGACAGGUAAUAGUGGCUAGGGAGGGUGAGACAGGUAAUAGUGGCUCGGGAGGGUGA